AUGGAGAAAAAGGUCGGCAGAGGUGGUUUACAAGCCGUCUCGGUCUGGUUCACGGUCGCUAUACGUACUUCCAGUAGAUCACGCAGAAUCAGAGUCCUGCAGGAUCUCUGGGUCCCCGCAGGAAUCCGGCAUCAGCAGCCCCAUCAGAAUCAGUCUUUAAAAUGGUGCCUUGAACCCCCUCCACGUAUUUGGAUCUCCGUUUCCAGGAACUCAGUAAUGUUACGUCUUUUUUAUUUGUUGCUAGCCACGCUAGUGGCAGCAGAUGCCAGGGUUGAUCUUUGGUACUGGCCCUGCUCAGAAAUCAUCAUUUCAAACCAGGCCGUCGCAAAGCUGGCCACGUCGCCUUUAUUUGACUUUCAGAUCAAGGCGAUGUGCCAAAACAGAGAUGCUUUGAUCAGUCUCUACCAAUGCUUCGAUGGACUGGGUGAGCUCAUGCAAGAUAAAAUAGGGAUUGAUAAAGGAAUCAAACUAAGUUGGGACUACAUUAAUUACGAGUGCAAGGAAGUCAAUACAACUGUACUAUACACUUAUGAUGAGAUUAAGCCAAUUUGGGAGAACAACAAGCCCACUCAGGACUUCUAUACGGCUAAUCAAACUGGCAGUGGCACAUUCACCACCCCGCGCAACAUGACAGACGGCCUGAUGUGGGCGACUUUCGGUAAAUACACAAACAUUUGGACCUCCUUCGCCUACAGUGAAGCUACGGUCUACUAUGUUAUGGGCUGCAUGUGCUUGGGUGUUAUUUUCAACUUCAUGAGCUGGAUUACCCCCAAGCUUGCAGGCGCUGCUGCAAACUCUUGGCCCUCUCGUCAGGUUCGCCGUUAUGUGACUAUGCCCGCUACUUUUGGUCCUCGUGUUAGCUACUGGUUCUCCUUCUAUGGUCAGCGGCUUCCUGUUAUCAUGCUUAUCGGGUACUUUAUUCUCUGUUUGGUUCUGUACUUUCCAACCUAUGAGAUUUAUACCUACAAGUGGCUUCCUCACAGAUACCAAAUCUGGGGCUGGUUUAUUGGUGUGAGGUCCGGCUACUUUUGCAUGUACAAGUUACCGUACCUCUUCUUAUUUGGUGGUCGCAACAAUAUUCUGAUCUGGCUCACUGGCUGGGAUAUGAGCGUUUUCAACAUCUGGCAUAGGUGGAUUGGACGAUUGGCCACAAUUGAUGCCAUUGUUCAUUUCGUCGCCUGGAGUAUCUACUACCAAACCACAAUCGGUAAAACCUGGAAAUUACUGUACUGGGUUGAAGGUGUCAUUGCUAUGAUCGCGAUGAUUAUCAUGUGUGUUCAAGGAUGGGUUUAUAUUCGCCGUUUCGCAUACGACUUCUUUGUUCUGCUGCACAUUGCUUUGGCUAUUGUAACCAUUGUUACGCUGUAUUACCAUGUGCUUUAUGUUGAUGAGACACUAGAGUUGUGUUAUGCCGUGUUCGCCAUUUGGGGCUUUGACCAUGCCGCUCGUCUUGCCCGUCUUGUUAUGCAUGGCGUAAGUAACGCUACUGUGGUUGAAACUGCUGAUGAUUUCCUCACAUUCACUGUUCCUCAUAAUGGCCCCAUCAAAGCUUAUGCCGGCUCGCAUGUUUAUAUUCACAUCUGUCAUCCUCUAUACUUUUGGCAGUCUCAUCCUCUUUCUAGUCAUGAAACGCCUGAGGGCAUCAAGCUUGUUUGCCGUGUUCGCAAUGGUCUCACCAAGAAGAUCCGUGAUAUGGUGCGUAGUAAAGGUGGCGAGAGAAACUUCAAGAUUCUCGUUGAUGGCCCCUAUGGUGUUCCUGUGAAUACUGGAAGCUAUGACGAGGUUGCCUACUAUGCUGGUGGCAUUGGUAUCACCGCUAUUUACUCUCACAUCACGAAGCGUUUCAACUCUGCUACCAAGCAGCUCGCUUCCUUGCAUUGGGUCAUUCCUGAUCGUCGUCCUCUUUUGGUCUUCGAGAAAGAGCUCAAGACCCUGGCAGCGAAUAAUGUCGCUGUUCAUGUUCACAUUGACCCUCUUCCAGGUGCCACAGUCGAUGCCUUGCCCCCAAUGACCGAAGAGCUUUCGUCUAUAUCUGAAAUGAGCGAUGAUCUAAAAUUAGCAAUCGACACUGCAGAAAACUCCGUGACAGAAAACAUUGGUGUUCAAGAGCACAAUGGUCGGCCUGAUCUCUCCACUCUUAUCUCGGAGCAGAUCCGCGAAUCCCAGGGGUCGCUUCUUGUCAUGUGCUGUGGUCCCAGUCCUAUGAACCUCAUGGCUCGCUCAACUGUUGCGAACAACCUUAACUUGACCCGAAACUACAUUCAGUAUUUCGAUGAAGGUUUUGGCAUGUAG